AUGUCUCAACGACUGCACAAUACGGAGUGUUGGGAAGAUGAUAAGGGCCAAGAGCAGUCUCGCCCUGCACCUUUGCAACAAAUCUCCGCCGUCACCGCUAUGUCCGCUACCCGUAUGCCCGCCCCCAGGUUCCCAGCCUCUCCAGCUACCGGUUCCGCCGAUAUAGAGACGUCCGCCGGCUAUAAGAUUUCGUGGAAACAACUCUUCAACAAACUCAUCCACUUCUUCCUAUUUGAAUGGGUCUGCGUGGAUAACAAAAGCCCAAAGCAGGUGGAACCAUAUUCGCUUGCUUCAACUGUUGCCGUCUAA